ACUGGAUACUGUAAAGAUAGCACGCAUACUAUACUAUCUACACACGCACAUUACACUCAUACAUAGACUCAUACUAACGUACAUACAACACUCAUGCUACAUACGUACAUACAACGCGCAUACUGUAUACGUACAUAAAACACGCAUACUAUAUACGUACAUACAACACGCAUACUAUUUACAUGCAUACAUAAACACUCGUACUACACACACUCACCCGAACUACAAGCAGCUGCUCUUAUAGUUCUGGUGUUAUAUGGAUCCUGCAUUCACCUCGUGAAAACCAUGAAUCACAUCCAGCCUCGUUUAAUUGACCCGAGGUUAUGAUUAUAUACACGUACAUGGUUAGGUCUUAAUUACGCAUUCGUUCAACAUGCGAUGGUACAGCUUCCGGAUGCUUGUGGCCGUAGUGCUAUGUCUCCUUGCAUCGCCACAAUGGGUGCGCGCAGAAGUAACAGAUAAACACCCAACGACUAGUCCAGUAAAUGAUGUUGUAGAUGUAAACACACAUUCUAGUAAUGAGGGUACACAUAAAUCAACUCACUCAGACAUCGAUGCAGUCGAUGUGAACACUCAACCAAGUAGUGGGGAUGCACUCAAAUCAACUCACGCAGACAUCGAUACAGUCGAUGUGAGGACGCAAUCAGACAAAAGAACAAAUGCACACACUCGCCUGGACAAAGGUCAGCCAUCAGAGAUUGCCCAAGAAGAACCACGUACGCAUGUCGAUGGGAUUGCUGACUCACACACACAUGGACCUAAUAAAGUCCAAAAGGCUGAAGAGGAGGUGCAAGGGGGUACACACAGGGAUACUCGGGAUAAUGGACCGGAUACUGAUGAGUUGGAUAUAGAGAGCAGUGAACGUGUACACACAGAUACACAGCAACGCACACACCCGGACACAUCCGACCACGCACACGCGCAUGCACAGGCCCACGCCGACGCACCCCAAAAUCAGAAAAACGGACCAUCGGUGCACCGGUACACACGAAAGGAGCGCAUAGCCCUAUCUGAGGAGGUCAAGGGCAUGUUUGCACAUGCCUUUAACGGAUACAUACAACACGCCUACCCGGCAGACGAACUCAAGCCAGUCACAUGCAACGCUCGGUGGCGACGAGAUGAUGAGUUUAGAGGGGACAUUGACAGGUGUAUGGGAAACUUCUCACUGACUCUGAUUGAUUCGCUGGAUACAAUUGCGGUUAUGGGAGAUACUGAGCUGUUCUUCACGGCCGUGAACACGGUUGUGACCACCGUGCACUUCAACACAUCCGUCGUGGUGAGUGUCUUCGAGGUGACUAUCCGUGUGCUCGGUGGUCUCCUGAGUGCUCAUGCGCUCGCCUUACACCUACUCGAGGAUAAGCACGCCAAGGACGUACACGGAGACGCCUUCGUUUACACUGGAGGUCUGUUGGAUCUGGCUGUAGACCUGGGUGAUAGGCUAUUGAAAGCGUUUGAUACGCAGUCCGGGCUGCCGUUGGUGCGGGUGGAUCUGGUGCACGGAGUGCCCGAGGGAGACGACCUCAACACGUGUACGGCCUGUGCAGGAACGGUGCUGUUGGAGUUUGUCACAUUGUCCCGAUUCUCAGGCAAUCCAAUCUACGAGUCCAAGGCCCGCAUAGCGAUGGUGGCCCUGUACGAGGGGAGGUAUCUCAGCAACCUCGUGUCCAGGACCUACAGUACAGUGACAGGGCAGUCGUCCGGUGCACAUGCCGGAGUGGGGGCCAGCAUCGACUCAUACUACGAGUAUCUCAUGAAAG